AUCAGAUGAUAUGUUCUUUGUAUUUCCUGUAAGUAAGAAGAUGAAUCUCAAGUUACAUGCCCUAUAAAUUAGACCAUUUAAUGAGCCUUUCUUAAUUCAUAUUGGAGCUUCUAGGACUCUACACUGGAGAGACAACCAGUCUGUUUUACCUUUGGCUUUAAAUGAUGCAGUUUCCACAGUUGUUCCACAAAAUCUUAGGAGUAGCUUUUUUCCUGCUCCCAUUAUGCGCCCAAGGUAAACCUGCAGGAUUUCUUUCAUAUAUUUUCAAGCAUUUGACUGAAGAUGGAAGAGAUGAAGGAUUUAUACCAGCUUACAUACCGGUGGCUGAUGAUGAAAUGGGAGACAUUAAUCGUCAAUUGGAACAUCGGGUUUCCAGACUGGAAGGAGUCCUCCGCUUGGAAAAGACGAUAACAGAAUCUGGAGGAAAAAUAUUUGCUACCAAUGGGAAAAAGGCCGAUUUCAAUACUACACUGCAAAAAUGCAAAGAAGCUGGAGGGUCUAUUGCUGCUCCGAGGAACCCGGGCGAGAAUGAUGCCAUUCAAUACUUUGUGAAAACUUUUAAUACCUACGCCUACCUAGGGGUAAAGGAAUCUCUUAUUCCAGGCAAAUUCCAGUUUUUGGAUGGUACAGAGCUGAGCUAUACUAACUGGCAUUCAAAUGAACCUUCUGGCAAAGGGGAGGAGGGAUGCGUGGAGAUGUACACUGAUGGCACUUGGAACGACAAAAGGUGCAACCAGAAUCGCCUUAUUGUCUGCCAGUUUUAGUGCUUCCCUUGCUGCUCUCUGGCAGGCUUUCUGGAAUAUGCUUCUCUCUUGAUUGUCUCCUUCAUUUGUAGCUAGUGAACUCAGAUAAUGCAACAUGAAAAAAUAAAAUUCAUUCUUUCCCAGCCUGAUUUAUCUUUUAAACAAAUGCCAGCUAUAAUUGUUUAUAACAA